AUUCAUAGUAUCACGCUUAAAAGAUAUGAAAAACUUGUACAGCAAAAAAUGCAACAGCUUGCCGAUAUUGAAGAUGAAAAUAUAUUAGUCCAAGAAAAGAUUCGGCUUACACAACAAGAUAUUCGGAAGAUUCGAGCGCAUGGAACUAAAGACAGAAACAGAAGACAAGAAUUUAUUAUAAAAAGUGGAUUUCAAAAUGAAAGCACCAUUUUUGAGAGCAUCAAUAAUGAUAAUGAUAGACCAUUGCGGGGUGCAUUAAACGCACUUCAAGUUCCACCUGCUACAAAAAGUUACAGGCCAUUGGUACCGGCAGCACAUAUUUCCAAUAUACCACCUUCACUUUCACAAGAAUUAUUAAGAACAACACUUGAAAAAGAAUUUGGAAAGGUAUUGGGAUUGACAGUUUGGGAAUACCACAUCUGA